GCUCGGGCUCGGUGAGGCGGGGGGCGCCGCCGGCGGCGGGGGCGGCCCCGCGGGCCUCGGGACGAUGACUCUGGAGUCCAUGAUGGCGUGUUGCCUCAGCGACGAGGUGAAGGAAUCUAAGCGGAUCAACGCCGAGAUCGAGAAGCAGCUGCGGCGGGACAAGCGGGACGCCCGGCGGGAGCUCAAGCUGCUUCUCCUCGGUACCGGAGAAAGUGGAAAAAGUACAUUUAUUAAACAAAUGAGGAUAAUCCAUGGUUCAGGCUACUCUGAAGAAGACAAGAGGGGCUUCACCAAGUUGGUCUACCAGAACAUCUUCACUGCCAUGCAGUCCAUGAUCAGGGCCAUGGAGACCCUGAAGAUUCUUUACAAGUAUGAGCAGAACAAGGCCAAUGCACUGCUGAUUCGAGAGGUGGAUGUUGAAAAGGUCACAACAUUCGAGCAUCAAUAUGUAAGUGCAAUUAAGACUUUGUGGAAUGACCCUGGAAUCCAGGAGUGUUAUGACAGGAGGCGAGAAUACCAGCUCUCCGACUCAGCCAAAUACUACCUAACUGAUGUUGACCGUAUUGCCACCACUGGGUACUUACCCACCCAACAGGAUGUGCUGCGGGUUCGAGUCCCCACAACCGGUAUCAUAGAAUACCCUUUCGACUUGGAGAAUAUCAUCUUCAGAAUGGUGGAUGUUGGUGGACAGAGAUCAGAGCGAAGGAAGUGGAUACACUGCUUUGAAAAUGUGACGUCCAUCAUGUUUUUAGUUGCUCUUAGUGAAUAUGACCAAGUUCUAGUGGAGUCUGACAAUGAGAACCGAAUGGAGGAAAGUAAAGCCCUUUUUCGGACCAUCAUCACUUAUCCCUGGUUCCAGAAUUCCUCAGUAAUCCUCUUCCUCAACAAGAAGGAUCUGCUGGAAGAUAAGAUCUUGUACUCCCACCUGGUGGAUUAUUUCCCAGAGUUUGAUGGACCACAGAGGGAUGCCCAGGCAGCCAGGGAGUUUAUCCUCAAGAUGUUUGUGGAUCUAAACCCAGACAGCGACAAAAUCAUCUACUCUCACUUUACAUGUGCCACAGACACGGAGAACAUCCGCUUCGUCUUUGCUGCUGUCAAAGACACCAUCCUACAGCUCAACCUGAAAGAAUAUAACUUGGUCUGACCCUGCUUUCUCCCCUAAGAGGCCUCAACGUGAAGAAAAGACCAAAAAAAAAUUUUUUUUGAAAAAAUUACAGGAAAAAUAUCUUUACUUUUUAAUGAUGUAAUGAUUGCCAAUUGUCUGAUCUGUGGAGUGGCGAAUUUUGCUCAGUGUUACCUUGGAUCUCAUGUCUCUGUCCACAGGAAUAGUUGAUUUUUUUUUUCAUAUUUUUAACAAAUGGCUUUUAUUUCACAGUUAUCAGGGGAUACACUUCACUCUUCUCCACACCUUGUGCACCUCUUCACCUUUUGCCAACAGCAAAGGCGGCCUUCUCGUGGGCUCAAUUUUUUGUCGCUCGCUUUUUUUAAAAAAACAACAACAACAAAACAAAAACUUAAGCAAAAAAACUCUACCCUAUUUUCGGUUACAAGUUCCCACCUCUUGGCCAAGUUUUAUGGACUUGCUGAACUUAUUGGGGGGUUGGGGAGAGCCAAUACUCCCCCCUCCCUGAGCUCCAGGGGGCCUCUGUCAAGAUCGCCAGACCUGCUUGCCUCCCUCCUCCCUGCUUGAUCCAGGCUCCACAGUCCACUGUGAUGAUAUAGGGGUUGAGGAAUGGUGUUUCUCCCAAGAAUGGAAGCAGAAGCCCCCCACCCAUCCAGUGACCAAUAGACCCCAACAAGCCAUCCCCCUUCCUUCUUCAGUGCAUCAUACAAUAUAGUCUGGGUUUUUUAAAGUUUUUUUUCCCCUUUCUUCUUGAUUAUAAAAGAUAUGGAGACUGUGAUUUUUCUUCUUUUUUUUAAGUUAUUGAUGUUCUAUAUAUAGUUUGCUACAGGCUGUAUUUUUGUUCAGUGGACUUCGAAAGGUGGGAGCUUGGCCAAGCAACAGCUGCCAACCCUUGGGAAGUGCCUGACUGUGUCUUUUUCUGGGGGGUGGGGGAUGGGAUACUCAUAUAUACUCUGUUGAUGGAAAAGGAUCUCCCAAGUGAGCCGCCCUCAUCUGUAAGUGGGUAGCGACUUGCCCAAGCCUCCCCUUUCUUGGUGGGAUGAAGAUGUUCCCGUGUACCGAAGGAUUCGGCACACUCGUCUAACACCAAAGUCUUGGGGUUGGUUUGGAGGGUUUCCUCGGGGUUCCUGAGCCCCACCUCUGCUUCUGGCUUUUUAGCAUGCUGCUGCCCAGGGCAGAGGAAUCUGAUUUUCCACACGCAGCUCUGCAGGCGGCUCCUGCUCUGUCUGGGCCCAGAGUCCUUCAGAAGGGCCUGUGUCGGACCACGCAGCCAAAUAGCUUGGUCUGGCCCCUCUGAGGGCAGACGAGCAGGAGGAAGGCUCCUUUGAAGUAGUCUCGAGGGAAAGAGGAAGGGAUUGUCUCCUUUUCUGUUGGAAGGAAAGAGGGCCUCUUCAGAAGCUUCUCAGCCCGUACUUGAGUUCGGCGGGGGGCUGCUCCAUUGCCAUUGGGGGCUCCUUGUCAAAGCACUUGCACGGACUGCUGUCCAGAGCUGCCUGUGCUUGGGGGUUGGGGGCAGCACAGGCACUUUUUUUUUCCCCCGGGGGAGAUAGUCUACAGGCAUUGCCAAAGUCAGAAUCAGGCUGUUUAGGCAAGAAGACCAGGCGCCUUAGGACUGUGACGGACAUCCAGGGCUUGCAGAUCAGCCUGAAUCCCAGGUGCCAAAGGAGGCAAGUGUUUCACCUGGGUCCAAUAGAGGUGCCAAAUGCCAGUACCUCCCUAGAUUUCCCCUGAGGAAGAUGGGCAGCACCCCUAGCCGAGGGACAUCUCUGCUGGAAGCAGCGGGGAGUCUGGUCCCUCACUGCUGGCAGGCUUGGGCCCUGCCCUUCCCCAGCCCUGGUUCAGGAGCACUUAGGACCAAGCCUGGUGGAUGGAGCAUGAAGAAGCCCUCCCCCCAAAGCAGACUGUUUGAAAGAAGGCAUCCCAGUUUGGGUUUCUUUCUCUCUUCUCUUUUUUUCCUCUAGAGGGAGGGAAGGGGAGAUUGGCUUUAUCGUUUUAUUGUAGACUGAACACUACUUCAGUGUUUUUUUGCACAAAACGUAACGGGAAAUGAACCGCCGGAGAUGCCUUUGAUCCAUAACACUAAGUCUGGAGCUUACACUUCGAGUAGUCUGUUGUGUGGUUUCAUUUCUUUUGACUGUCAUGUUUUGUUC